CUCCACGGAAUAAAGGGGAAUGUGUCUGGGUCUACUUUUGUGCAGGCACUGCUGUGUGCCUCUCCCCCUGGCCUCUGUAGAGCAAAAAGGGGGGGAAAAUUGAGCGGAUCUCGCCAAAGCGUCUGUAAAUGGGAGUAUACUAUACAUGCAAAAGAAAGGGUGGAGAAGAAGCUUGUAAGAAAUAUCUCGCUUGGAGCCAAGACAUGGAGUGAGCAAGGACUGAUAGAAUUGGUAGGUGAACAGAGAGAGAGGAGCCGGGGGAAAAGCUGUGGUCAAGGGCGUGUGUGACAUGAUGCCCGGACAAAUCCCUGACCCCUCAGUGACGGCAGGCUCUCUGCCCAGCCUAGGCCCGCUGGCAGGCAUCUCUGCCACGACGCUUACGGAUCAGCUUAAAUACGCCGACCUGUGCAGCCUGGGGGCCAUGCUGUCACCACUGCACCUUCUGGGCAAGCUGGGCAAACGCCACCUUCCCAUUAAAGCAGAGAAGGAUGAAGAAGAGGAGAGGAGGAAAAGAAGGCGAGAAAAAAACAAAGUGGCAGCAGCACGAUGUCGAAACAAAAAGAAAGAACGAACAGAGUAUCUACAACGGGAGUCGGAGCGGCUGGAGAUGAUGAACUCGGAGCUGAAAGCACAGAUUGAGGAGCUGAAGCACGAGCGCCAGCAGCUCAUCCUCAUGCUUAAUCGUCAUCGGCCCACCUGCAUCGUGAGGACGGACAGUGUGAAAACCCCAGAGAGCGAGACUAACCCCCUGCUGGAGCAGCUGGAGGCUAAAUGAGGAGGCGCAGAGGCUCAGAGUGGUGCCUUUCCACAGUUACUGUUUACAGGUUAGCUUCCAUACAGCUAGCUAGAAGCACUUAGCUCUAAGCUCUUGGACAUUUAAAGAGGAAUGAGUCAAGCACUCCAGCCUGUGAGCUUGGAGUUUAAGAGCCUUUGUGGACCCUGCUCCCCCUCUCCCCCGAGCCACACAGACAUGUCCCAAUCAGAUUGGGCUAUGUGCUGACAGUUACAAGUUUGUAUUACUGUUACUUUUUCUAUUUGUGGUCAUUCAGUGCCUAAUAAGUUCAUCAUAAUCCAACAAGUUAAAAAAGAACAGGUUCGGAGGAGUUUGGUAACAACACUUACUUCCUCUCGGUAUCAUGUAUGAUGAAAAGGCUAACGGAUGAAGCAUUGCUAUCCGUGUUUGUGGCCUUUUGCCAAUGUAACUGGAUGAUUUGUACUACACUCCUUGUGUCUUCAUGAUACUGAGUCAUGACUUGCCCUCAAUAGCAUUUUUUUUUUUUGACGCAGGCGUCAUGUAUGCACAUAUAUAUGAACUGUUUACAUCAUUCUGUUUUAUUAGUUACCUACAAUUUAUAUAUAUUUUCUGAUUUUUAUACUUCUUGUACAUUACAUUAUAUGGACUGUUAUCACUAGAUGUGAUACAUUUUAUAUUUCUGCAACAAAUAGUUAUAUAACCUUUUUUCUGUGACUUACUCAUUUUGUUUAAUGGCUGUGAAGAAAUGCAAACAAAUAUUAAACAGGAGUCACUCCUAAAUGUUA